UUCAUCUCCAUGUCCUCCUCCAAUUGGAAGCCAGACGAAGGAGGAGGGUCUUUUCAUUCUCUCUCUCUCUCUCAAUCCCCAAAUGGAUACUUACCGGAAUAAGAAGUCACACAUCUCUCUCCCUUCCAUCCGUUACCAAUCCUUCCUUUCCUUCUCACUCUCUCUCUCUUUUGUUUUUUGCUUUGUUUAGGCCAUCAGUAGUGGCUCGUUGCUGGUUCUUCUUCUCGCCUCUCUCUUUUCUCUCCUCUCCUCUCCUCUAGUUCUCCCAAUGGGCAACCCCAUGGACUUCUACUUUAAGGUGCUGGAAAUCCCCAAGGACUCCUCCCCCCAAGAAAUCCGCGCCGCCUACAGAGCCCUCAUCAAGAAGUGGCACCCCGACAAGCACCCCGCUUCCUCCAAGCCCCAAGCCGAGGCCAAGUUCAAAGCCAUCACCCAAGCCUAUGAGGCUCUUAAUGUUCAGGAGGACAGCAGAGCCAUGUUUGGGUUCUGCAACGCCGUCGGGGGCGGCGGCGCGGGAGGGGGGUCGAACAGUGGCUGGGAAGCGGCGAGACCGUCGCCGCUGCGGAGGCAACGGAGCCAGGAGUUAUUCCCUCAGAGCGGCUCAGGGAGGGAUUCCAAGGACAUGCACUACUCCAUGGGCGCCAGCAGCCCAGUGGGGAGGCCGACGUUCUCGGUGCCGGCUUGCCGUAAGCCCCCGCCGGUGGAGCACAAGCUCGAGUGCACGCUCGAGGAGCUCUUCCGUGGCUGCAAGAAGGAGGUCACGUUCACCAGGGACGUUGUCACCAAGAACGGGUUAAUUGUUCAUCAGGAGGAGAGACACACAAUUAAGGUGAAGCCAGGAUGGAAGAAAGGGACCAAAAUCACAUUUGAAGGGAUGGGGGACCAGCGACAAGGAUGCGUCCCUGCCGAUGUUGUCAUCUUGAUAUCAGAGAGGAAGCACCCCAUUUUCAAGAGAGUAGGUAAUGACUUGGUGCUCAAAGUAGAGGUCCCCUUGGUGAACGCCCUCACUGGUUGGACCUUCUCUUUUCCACUCUUGAGUGGAGAGAAGAUGAGCUGUUCCUUCCAUGAUGAGAUAAUCUAUCCAGGAUAUGAGAAAGUCAUUAAAGGCCAAGGCAUGCCUCUUGUGCAUGAGAAGGGGAUCAGAGGGGAUUUGCGAAUAAAAUUCCACAUCAUCUUCCCCAUGAAACUAAGCAACGAGCAGCGCUCGAGCAUUGGGGAGCUUCUGAAUGAUUGCACUUGAUAAUCACUAGUUCUGUUCUUUCCCCUAUCUUCUAUCAAUGUUGAUAUCCAUGUACAUAUAUAGAUGUUUGUUUAUAUGUAGUCAUCCAUGUACAUAAAUAAAGUAUGAGUGGGUGAUUAUUCUAUUAGUUGUCAGUGAGAACUGUUUCCAUGGUAAUAGAUUUAGAAGUGGCCUUACUCAAUGUUUAUACUAAGAGAAAUCUUUGAGAA